AUCAAAUGUCCAAAACUUUACGAUUUUACGAACCCUGGGAAUAAAUAAUUGAGAUUCUGUAAACCAUUGUGGAGGACUAAACUGAAUUUUUGGAUUUAUUGUAUUUAUUUUGAAUAACCCAUACAAUAUGGUUGUAGGGGCGUUUCCAAUAGCUAAAUUAUCUGUUUUGUUGGUGAAACAGAUAAGUAAACCAAUCGCGAACGUGUGCAAGGAGAGAGCCAAGAAUAAUCCAUUUUUUAGAACUUAUGUUUGUAUGCCUCCAGCGCAAUUUUACAAUUGGUGUGAAGUUAAAGCCAAAAUGUGGAUUUUAAAUUUGGGAAAACCUGUCAAUAUUCCUGUUUUAAGCCAGGAAAUGGCCAUUGAACUUGGAGCAAAUCUUCUUGGCGAAACGGUUAUAUUCGUAAUUGGUGCUAGCCUUUUAGUGAUCGAGUACAAUAGGCAAAGUAAAAAAGAAGCAGCCAAAGAAGCCAAGCGUGAAGAGGAGAUGAAGCACAUCACAAGUACUAUCACAGAUUUGUAUUUUACUGUACAAAAACAACAGACACAACUCCGAGAAAUGGAAAGGCUUAUUCAUUCUAUUGGUGGAGAUCAAGCACCCAAAAACAGCCCAUCAUCUGACAAAGAUAGUACAAAUGGGAGAUCACCACCAGAUGCCACACUAAAUAAUCCUGUUCCUGUUCCUGAACAUAUAAAUCACAAUUCACCAACUCUUAGUCCCACACCUUAUCCAAAUAAAGGCCUAAUAUUGCAGUCGUUGAAUUAUAUACAAAUGGACGCAUUUAGCUCAUUGUUCCCCAAAAAUAAUACUGAAUAUGAGAAAGAAAGAGAUGAAGAUAAAUUUACAAGAAAUAGGAGGGAGCCAGCUGUACUCUCUGGUAUUUUGCAUAAUAUCGAGAAUAAUUUUAGAAGUUUAUUUUGAGGAUUUUACAGUAUAAAUUACACAUUGUA